AAGUCUGGGGGUGUACGGAGUUUCUUUCUCUCUCUCUCUCUCCACAAAGCUGUGAGAUCCAGAUCGGAAACGGAAGAAGGAUUCGCUCUUAUCGGAAUAUCGCACUGCGGAGAGACCAAAAGAGAAGGAGUACCGGAACAGGCACCAUCACCACCAUCAUCGGAAGAAGAGCAAAAUGGCGGCGAGAGACCAGGUUAGGGCUUCGCACAUACUGAUAAAGCACCAGGGAUCUCGGAGGAAAGCGUCGUGGAAGGAUCCGGAGGGAAAGAUCAUCAUGUCCACCACCAGAGACGCCGCCGUCGAGCAGCUCAGAUCGAUCCGCGCGGACAUCGUCUCCGGCAAGGCUAACUUCGAGGAGGUCGCGGCUCGUGUCUCCGACUGCAGCUCCGCCAAGCGCGGUGGCGAUCUCGGACCCUUUGGAAGAGGCCAGAUGCAGAAACCGUUCGAGGAGGGGACAUACAGUCUAAAAGUGGGCGAGAUAAGCGACAUUGUCGACACCGACAGUGGUGCCCACAUCAUUAAGAGAACCGCCUGAUCUUGAAUGCUCGAGUUCCUCGUAUGAAGCCCUCAAUAGCCUCUUCUUCAAACUGGAGGGAAAAUGGAGCAUGAUCCGGUGAUUGUUCCUUAUUCAGUGAUUCGAUUCUGCAUCUGUCUAUGCUGUUAAAAAACCAUAUACUGAUUCCUGUCUUGGGAUUGCCUGAUAAUGCAUCUUGGUAAUGUAUACUGGGAUGAUGGUUGAUCCUCCCUUGAAUCUGUUCUUAUUUAAUAAGUUCUUGGUGACA